AUGGCAACAACAACGUAUGAUUAUGACUACGAUGAUUGCAGUGAUUAUCCGGCAACACUUGUCUCGCCGUGUAAUCGAGAUGUUGACAACUAUGUGGGAGCUCAGCUGUCCAUUCUUUACUACUUCAUGUUCCUCCUCAGUCUCUUUGGCAAUGCACUUGUCCUGACCAUCAUCUAUCGGUUCGAGAGGGUGACCACCGUUACGAACAUUUUGCUGGUAAAUUUGGUGAUGUCCUCGCUAAUCUUCAUGAGCAGCCUUCCAUUUCUGGGAGUUUACAUGCAGCUCUCCAACUGGAUCUUUGGCAAGGUUAUGUGCAAGAUAGUAGGCAGUGUCUACUAUCUGGGUUUCUACAGUUCUGCCCUGUUUCUUACUCUUUUAACCUUUGAUCGCCACGUUGCUGUUGUUUACUCCUUAAGUACAUCUCGAAUGAGAAACCAAAGCUAUGCAAUUGUCUCCUGCCUUGUAGUGUGGUUGAUUAGCAGUUUGGCAUGCAUUAAGCCUAUGAUUCUCCACACUACUUUUUUUAAUUACAUUAAUAAUAACACGUACUGUCAAGAAUAUCCAGGAGACCUUCCUUAUAUAGAUGUGUCUCAGGUAAGAAUAUCUGGGUUUUACCUCCAACUUUUACUUUUCUUUCUUUUCCCCCUGGCAGUUAUUGUUUACUCCUACAUUAGGAUUGCCAUCACUGUCAUAUCAUCUAAACUUGUUACUAAAUUCAAGACAGUGAGGCUUGUAUUCAUCAUCGUGUUGCUGUUCUUUGUCUGUUGGACCCCUUUCAACAUUGUGCUUCUGAUACAUGAUGAAUCCUCAAAUUGUGAGCAAGCACAGAAAAGGAGCUUUGCCCUUCACGUAACACGUAACUUUACUUACAUCUACUUUUGCAUCAGUCCAAUAUUUUAUACAUUUGUUGGGAAAAAGUUCCAGACUUACUUUAGACAACUGGUAAUGAAACAAUUCCCACAGUUUAAGAGGCAUUUCCAAAGGUCGCAAUGCAGCAGAAGCAAUUCAUCCACUAAAACUACACUGUACUAG